AUGUCUGUCCAUAUCUCCCAUGACUCCAUCAAUUCCAACUCCACCAAUUUCAACGCAGAGGAAUCUAUUGCAAAAGCCCAUGAGGCCAUUGAAUCACUCUCUUCCAUCCUUGGUGAUUUACCUUCUCCUCUCUCCUCUGAUAACCCUGCCGCCUCUCUCCUCCACAACACUGAACUUGCAGCCAAGAUCUCAUCACACCUCCGGCAACCCAAUUCCGGUGCCGGUAAUAACCCCCUUUGUCGAUGGCUUUACGAUACAUUCCAAUCGUCCGAUCCGAAUCUUCAACUAGUUGUAUUGAGAUUCUUGCCUAUCAUAUCCGGAAUUUACCUCUCUCGAGCCAUUUCUCGAAAGCCCCUUGCCGGAUUCGAGGCUGUACUCUUAGCUUUAUAUGCCCAUGAGACCACAUCAAGAGCUGGCCAAGCUAUAACUGUUACCAUCCCAUGCCUUUCACGUUCAAGCAUAUAUCAUGAAUCCAAAGUCUCUACCAACAGCAAUGCUAGUGGCCUCAAUAUAGCUGUUUUGUCACCAAGCCUAGAGCCCCAUGGCACUGUUAGAGCAACAAAGAGGGCCCGAAUUGUUGGUGUGGCCUUGGAGUUGUAUUUUACUAAAAUAUCCCUCAUGCCCAUUGGCUCUAAGAUUGAUUUUUGUGAGUUUUGUAUGAAUUGGGCUGGUCAUAAAGAUGAUAAGGAACAGAGUAGUUCAUCUGAGAUGAGGAAUGAAAAUGAAAGUGUUGUUAAAGGUGGAAGAAAUGUUUCUAUUAUUGAAGGUGAGGAGAGGAGGGGAAGGAUUCCUCUGCCUUGGGAGCUUCUACAACCAAUUUUGAGGGUGUUGGGUCAUUGUCUUGUGGGUCCAAACAAUUCAGAGGAGCUGACACAGGCUGCACUUGCUGCCUCUAGGUGUUUGUAUGAAAGGGCAUUGCAUGAAGUUAACCCUAGAGCGAUUCUAGCCGUUGAAAGUCUUCUGAAGCUGGCAAAGGUGGCAAUGGAUUCAACUGAUAAAACAGAUCCAACAGAGAUUUAUGAAGAUAAUAUCAUCACCCUCUAA